AUGGCCAGAGUCGAAGGUGACAGCAAGGAACCACUUAAUGAGCAAGCCGUUGCCAACAUAUAUGCUUCCAUGAGAACUGAAAUUAACCAAAUAUACUCCAAAAUCACUGAACUAGAAAUGGAGGUUAGCGAGCAUUCACUGGUGAUCAAUGCCAUUCAGCCGCUUGACCCAUCCAGAAAGUGCUACCGCAUGAUUGGGGGUGUACUUGUUGAGAGAACUAUAAAAGAAGUUUUGCCAGCUGUCCUCAGGAAUAAAGAGGGCCUGGAGGAGGUGAUCGCUCGGCUUACUGAGGCUUUGGAGAGGAAGAAAACUGAAGUUUCCGAAUUCGAGGCCAAGUACAAAAUCAGAAUCCGAAAGGGUGAUGGUGAGAUGGACGGAAGUGGUAAGAAGGAAGGAAAUGCACAGGGAGUUCUUGUUGGUCCUGCUGGGGCUAAUUCAUAG